AUGCCGGUCGAAAAGGCACCAACACAAGCCGGUGACAACGGCCAGCAACUCGCAGCAAAAGCCACCAUGGGCGACGAUCAAGGCCACCGCGAUGAACACGGCAGCGAUCAGAACCACCAGCAUCAGGAGAAGGAUUGGGGCGAUGACGAGGAGCAACAAGANGAGGAGGAGGAGGAGGAGGAGAAGGAGGAGGAGGAGGAGCAGCAGCAACGGCAGCAGCUUCAGGUGCUGGUGACGGAGACUGUCCAGCAGCUGGAGCGGGAGCGGCUCGAGGAGGAGGAGCGAGAGGAACGACUCCUUGCUCUGAGAAACCUCCCCCCUGAGGAGUACCUCCAGCAGACCGGGGUGUCCGGUGCCAUGGACGAGGCGUUGGGCGUCGUGGUGGCGCUGCGGCCGGCGAGUCCCCUGGGCCUUUUCUCUGACAUCAUGCGAGACCACGCACGGAACGCGCACCCAGCCGUGCGGCAGGCAAAGCUUCUGAGGUACGUGGUCGGGCCGUGGGCGAGGAGGAAUGCGGCAGCAGCGGCAGCAGCCGCGGCGGCGGCCGGCGCGGUUGGCGAAGGCGUCGACGGUGUCGGAGGAGAUCGAUGCCCCGGUACAAACGCCGGCAAUAACGGCGGCGGCAGCGGCAGCAACAACGUCGACCCCAACACAACGAACAGAGGCACCGCCGACGGGACCAAAGACAACCGCAAACACCCCCCACCUCCUAGGAAUACGAAGCGCACCACCACCAGCGCCACCAACGCCGCCGUCGUCGUCGGUCAUCACCACCGGUUCUUCUCCCAGCUCGAAGUCCUCUGCCAGCCGCUGCAUCUCUUCCUCUGCGACGCUCGCAACGGCAACAGCAACAACGGAGGAGUAGGAAGCAGUGGCAUGAGAGACCGCUACUCCGACGCCGCUAUCGGCUCGGGGACGGUCGUCAACCGAACGGGGGGGGCAGGAGGAGGGGGCUCCGCGACAUCGAAGGCGGGAUCGGGGUCGGGGGGUCGGCCGCGAGGCGCGGCAAAGGGAACGGCAGGCGGUGGCGGAGGCAGUGGAGGAGGGCGAGCUGCGUCGGGGACAGGAAGGGGGCCCACAGGUGGGCAUGGCACCGGGGGGGGGGGCUCGAGGAACGGCGGCGCUCGGGCGCGGUGGUGCGAGGCCCUGUGCCGGGCCGCCGAGGUCGACGACGAGUGCACCGGAGCCGCCUUGGCCGUGCUAGAGCGAGAGGGCCGCUUCUGCGCUUCUUCGUCGUCCCCCGCUUCGGCUCCGGCUCCGGCACCCUCCUCGCACCACGCCGUGAUGAUGGCAACAGCAGCCCCGAUAUCGGAGGGGUGGGGGAGGGGAGGGUUUUGGCGGAGCCCCCCCUCCGAGGUUGACGUUGACUUCCGGCAGUUUACGGCUGCGGUUCGGGCGAUUCUUCUCUUCGAAGGUUUCUACCGUGAGGCUCGGCAGGCGUUUGUGGAGGUGGCGGGAAGGGUGGACGGCACCGUUUCCCUCGACAAGCUUCUGGCCCGCUUGUUCCCGCUACAUCGAAGUGGAACUCGCAGCGGGGCCAGCCGCGGGCAAAACGACGAUGAGGGUGGUGAUAGCGCAACAGGCUGGCGUGGAGGAGCGGUUCGCGAGACCAUACGCUCGAGGCUCGACGUCGGCAGGAAAGGGGAGACCAAGGUGACCUGA